AUGUAUGAAAAAGGUUAUUCAUUAUUACUAUUUUUAGCUAAUAUCUUAACUAAAUUAUAAGGGUUUUAAGAAGCCAUAUAAAUAUAUCAAGAUAUAAUUAAAAUGAAUCCAAAACAUGAUCUAUCAUAUUAAAAAAUAGGUAUUGCUUUUGGUUAAAAAGUUAGCUGAUAUCUUAAGUUAUUAGAAAUAGUAUUAAUAAUCAAUAGAAUAUUAUGAUUAAUGCAUUUCAAUAAAUGUAAAUAAUUUAGACGCUUAAUUUGGAAAAGGUUUAAAUUGAAAUUAUUAAUUUAGGUGAAUGCUUAAGAAAAACUUACUAAUAUAAGGAAGCCUUAUAAUAUUUUAUCAAAGUUACUGAAAAUGAGUCAUCUAAACUAGAUUAUUACUUUGGCUAUGGUUAAAAAUAUUUAUAAACAAUUCUUAGGAGAUUGUCUAUUAUAUUUGUAUAAAUAUGAUGAAGCACUAAAAAAUUAUGAUAAAUGUUUAAAAAUAGAUGAUAAUCAUGAUGAUUCAUAAGCAGGGAAAGGUAUAAAAUAAGAAUAAUGAUAUUAGGAACAUGCUUAUUGUUAUUGGGAAAAAAAGAUGUAGCAUUAGAGUAUAUAAAUUAAUCAUUAAAAAUAAAAUAAAAUUCUUGUUUAUCUUAAAUAAAGCCCUAAAAAUAUUCUAUAAUAUUUUACCUAAUCCAUUAAGUCCUAUUUUAUAAAUAUAUUGUGGCGAUAAAAGAGUAGUUAGAUUAUGAAGAAGCAUUAGAAUAGUUUGAAAAUGUUUUGAUUAUCGAUCCUGAAUAUUUAUAUUCUUUAUAUAACAAAGGGAAUUUUAUAUUAUAUUUCUAUAGGUAAUUGCUUAUAUUUUAUGGGUCAAUAUGAAUAAGCCAUUGAAUGGUAUGACAAAGCUUUAGUGAUUGAUACUUAGUGUAUAUAUUCUUUAAAUAGCAAAGGUUAUUUUAUAUUCAAUAUGUAUAGGUUAUUGCUUAUAUU